GUAGGGUUCACCACCGUAGGGAGCACAAACGAAAUGCAGCCAAGCGCUUGGGCCUGGCCAGCCAUGCGCUGAAGGCAUUCGAAGAUUGGGACGCUACAGGCCUUGUCCAUGGGCCCCAGCUCCUUCUCCAAUGUCUCCAGCUACGGCUUGUAGAGCUUGCACGAUCCGGAUCUUGACUUCCGUCGCGCACGCUUUGCUGCAACUCAGGACUGGUCUUGAUGUUUUCCUCCGCCUUCACUCGCUCGCCGGCGGCGUCCAGCUUCGUGAAGGCAUUCGGGUCGAGGGUCCUGGCGAUUUCGCAGCUUCCUCAAUUUGGCUGAUGAUGCAGGCUGAGCAGGAUCGAUCGGGAAUCAUGUCCAUCACCUUUGCGCUCGGCCAAACUCUUCGUUUGGCAUGGCCAUCACAGACUCAGCACCAGGCCCCACGUUCCUCCAAGAGCCGUGACGAGGGUCAAGAGGAAUUUGUUGCGGCAGCACUUCAAGAUCGUUGCCACAGCCAACCUUCAGGACCGAUCGAUGAAAAAGCUGGAGCGCUCAGAAAACCAGGUGGAGGAGGAGCAGGCUUGGCAGCCGCCACAGUCGAAGGAACCUCACCUGACUCAAGAUCCUUUGGCACUUCCACAGUGGCAGCAGCAUCAUGGACAGGACAACAGCUUGUGACGCCUCGUCCAGCAUCAGAAAAAAGACCAUGGCUGCAGCCGUUGGAUUUCUGGUGUGUGCUUCAGGCCCUCUUUCAAAGGGUAUAAUUGCACAUCUUGUGAUAUAAGCUGG